GAACCAGAUGUCAUUAUCGAAAAUUCUGUUACCGUUCCUAACGUUCCCAAACUAAUCUCUGAAAAUUUCUCAAAUAUAGAUAUUUUACCCAUGUAUACGCCUAUUACCCAUUUUACCUCUACUACUUCUGGCUUUUCCAAUUGUGUUUAUACAAACUCUUAUAAUCCUUCAUUUAUACCCACGACCUCUUUUACUAUCUCUCAAAACACUCUCAUUAAAGAUAUAAACAAUCCUCCUUUUUCUACAAAUUCAUUAACUUCAAGUUCUACUUCAUUCAAUCUCGAAGAUUCUAUUAAUUUAGAUCAACAUUCAUUACUUUACAAAUAUCUUCCUUGGUGUCCCUCAUUUCAAAACCCUCCUUUUCAUAAUAACGAUCCUUAUAAUUUAUGGGAUGAUGAAUUUUUACAAAAAACUUUAAUGCCAAGAGUUUGGAAUGAAGCUUUAAAUCUUAAAAAAACAUUUUCCUCUUUCGCAAUUAAUGAUUCCAUUACUUCUUCUAACAAUUUAUCUGUUCAAAAAGCUGUUCUUUGUAAUAUGAAGUCAAAUAAUAUAUUUCAAU